AUGUCGGCAGCUGCUGAGGUUCAGAGGACGGCGGCCGUGGACCUGGGCGCCCUGCUGGACGCGGGCGACGGCGCGGUCGUCACGCUGGUGGCGGGAGAGACGCGGCUGGCGGCGCACCGCGCGGUCCUGGCCGCCAGGAGCCCCGUGUUCCGAGCCAUGUUCCAGCACGACACGCUGGAGGCCAGCUGCGGCGAGGUCAGAAUUACAGACGUGGAGGGCCCUGUGCUGAGGCAGCUGCUGUCUUACAUGUACACCCUGCAGGCCCCCCAGCUGACCGACACGGCCCCGGAGCUGCUGGCGGCAGCCGACAGAUACGGCCUGUCAGCCCUGAAGGCCGCCUGCGAACAGCAGGUGGCGGCGCAGCUGGAGGGCCGACUGCCGUUCCGCAGCCGAAGUCUGUCAAUUGCGGCCGUGCGGCCAUCAGACAAGACGGCGGCAGCCCUUGCAGGCGAGCCAGCCGAGUACAGGGGGCAGCCCGGCCGACGCUCGGCCCUCCCUGCAGCUCGCGUGCGCCACGCCGCAGCCGCCUGCCUGCGUGUGCAGACACGGCUGAGCCUCUCUCAACAGGAGAGAGGGAGGAGGCUGAUAGAGGCGGCCAGGCAGGGCGCGGCGGAGCAGCUGCGCGAGAUGCUGGCGGCGGGGGCGGAUGUGGGGGCGAGGGUGAAGGGGUUGUUGGGGGACAGCUGUACUGCCCUGCACGUGGCAGCAGGCGAGGGUCAUGUGACGGCGGCCAGCUGCCUCGUCGGCGCCGGCGCGGAGGUCGACGCCAGGACCAGCGUGUAUCACUGGACGCCCCUGCACUUGGCUGCAGAAAGUGGCCACGCUGGUGUGGUGCGGCUGCUGGUCGGCGCCUCUGCUGACCCCAACGCCAGGGAUUGGUGGGGGCAGACGCCGCUGCACAGGGCGGCAGAGAGGGGCGAGGCAGAGGCGGCGACUGAGCUCCUGCUGGCGGGGGCGGACAGGGGGGCCCGGGAUGUGGAUGGCAGGACCCCCCUGGACCUCGCCAGGCAGAACAGAAAGCAGGAGCUGGUGGCUAUGCUGAGACAACGCUGA